AUGGCCAAGAAAGAGAAAGGGAAAGACCAAAUUAAGCCGAAGGAUGCAAAGAAAUUAGUGGAAGAUCAGAUGUUUGGUAUGAAGAACAAAGGAAAAAGUGCGAAGCUGAAGAAGAUGGCUUCAUCACUUGAGGCCUCAUAUCUGAAGACAAAGCCACAGGCAGCAGAGAAGAAAGUGGAGGAACCAGUCUUUGAAGCAUACGAGAUAUUGCAGAAGGUGCCUGUGGGAGUGGACCCCAGCACAAUUCUGUGUGUGAACUUCAAGGCAAACAAAAAGUGCUCAAAAGGCACCUCGUGCAAGUUCAGUCAUGAUCUAAAGAAGAAGACAACUGCUCCAGUAGCCCAGAAGGAAGGAGCAAAAGAAAAAGAUGCAGAUGGCGUAGAAAGGCCAGUGUGCAAGUAUUAUAUAGAUGCACUUAAGUCUGGAAAGCACAAUCCAAAGUGGGUCUGUCCCAACGGAAAUGCAUGCCUAGGGAAGCACUCUCCCCCAGAGGGAUAUAUUCUCAAGGAGGACGCAGCUGACAUAAAGACAAUCACACAAGAUGAGUUGCUGGAGGAAAAAAGAGCAAAUCUCCCAAAGACACAGACAAAAAUGACUGAAGAAAAGUACAAAGAGUGGAAGGAAAAGAGAGAGCAAAAUAAGAUUGAGCAGAAGAAGGAGGAAGACAAGAUAAAGGAGGGUAACCUUAGACUAGGAAAGAUUCUUCCAUCAGGUAAGGAUCUAUUCGUAUACAACCCGAAGAUAUUCAUUGAUGACGACGAGGCAUUGGAGUAUGACUACAACGCAAGAGAGGAAGAAAUAGAAAGUGAAGAAGAAGCAGAACUAGCAGAAAAGUUAACGGAUACACUGAAUAUCACGAACUAA